GCAAAUCAAGCUGAAGCUUGGCAUCCUCAAUCCUCAAGAGAGCCGGUAGGGCCAGCCGUAGCCACUUGCGGCGGUGCCCCACUAGCCCACAAUGCUCUCCGCUCGAGGGCCACGGCCUGCCUGGUUCACGCCGCGAGAAAAUGAGAAGCAGCUCCAGCGCACGGGGCAGGGGGUGCUUGGAACCCCGAGGGCAGCUUCGGGAGCUGCGGCCUUCGCGGCUGCCAGCGCCAGGCACGACCCAGCGCCUGGAGUGGCCCCGGCCGGAAAGGCUGGGGAGCUCUUGGCCUCCGGCGGUGCAGCAGCGCGGAAAGGGCUGCAGGAGGGCAUCAUCGUGCCGUCCCCGCGAUCGCCGUCCUCCAUGACGGGGGUGCAGAGGAGACAUCGCCAGAAGGGCGAGCCCGGGGAGAUGUGCUUGCACUGGGGCCUCGCAAAUGCCAAAGUUCCGCAUCCAGGGGAGGGCUACGGAGUCAAAUGCAACAAGGAUGAAGAUGUAGCUCAGAAUUUCCGAUCUGGACAACAGUUCGGGGUUGCGGAGUACAUCAACACCCGGGCAGAGGAUGUUUACCAUAGCACGAAGCGGGAACCCCUGGCAAAGCCAUUUUUGCGUGGACACUCUCUGCCUCCCGCUGUCCAAGCGCCUGAGUUCCCUGGCUUUGGCUUGCCGCUCGACCGCUCAGAAAAAGGUGCCAAGGAUGUCAUGUUCCCUCGGGGCAAGGCGCCAGAGAGUGAUGAAGUGAAAGCUUUGUACAAGAGGACUCACGGAAGUACGGAGCCAGGGGAAGGACUGUCCCGAGACUAUCAGUGGCCCCAUUCCGUGAAGGACAAUCCGAUUUUCCGCUUCGGCCGCGGCAACACAACUUCUGCAAGCGGAGCGGGCGCCAAAUCUGCCUUGAGCAUGGACUGCGGGGCCGAGCCCUUGUCAGUGCCCAACACUCUGAUUGUCAAAGACACAUUAGCAAGCUUUCAGGAGGUCACCACUGACCAGCUGGGGGCAAGCAGAAAUUUGAUGCAGCUUCAGUCCAUCCAAGCUCUUCCACAACACCAUGCCUUCGGAAAGCCCACAAGCAAUGACCCAAUCAGCGCUGGUAGGCUCAUCAAAGGCGCCUAUUCCUUAGAGGAGCAGAUGCCUGAUUCCGACUUGGGGAAAUGCACCCUCAGGGGCCGCCGCAACUAUGAGACGAAGCCAUUAGGUAUUCCAUCAGUUCGGUAUGACAAGCCUGCUCCUCAUCCGUUGAAGAGAUCCGUGGCAAACGCAGUGAACUAUGGGGAUGACCUGAAUGCUGGUUCUUUGAUCACGCCGACCAGGUUUCAGUUUAAAGGCCUGAUGGCGGAUGACUUCAGACUUCGGCGUGAGCCUCCCGAGGUAGAACGACUCCUGCUUGGUGCUGGCUUCACCGCAGGCCCCGAAGUAAUUGCAGACAUCCUGCAGGAUGCUGCCAAAAGGAAUGGGGAUGGAGACAGGCGCGUAUCACUGGAAAGCGUCAUGCUCGCCCUAGAAAGUUGGGUGGGCACACAAUAAUUCCCUCGAGUUGCCAGAAUAUCUGGCAACUUGCACCUUGUCAAUUGGCGCCAGCUGGAAGCCGAGUUUCCAAACGGAACAUUG